GUUUUCUUUCUUCGUCUCCGAAGGAGCCAUCCGGCUGGUCGGCUUCGGUACAGCCCGCCUCCUGAGUUUGCCCCGCGAUGCGAUUGGUGUGAUGCCUCCCUACGCGAACGAAGUGGGCGGGGCCAACGUUGGAAAGGAGGCGGUGGCGGAGGAGGCCAUUUUGGCUCUGCUGUGGAAGUGACAGGAGAGCGGGGAAGAGGGCUCCCGAGUAGGAGCGCCGGCCUCGCCUGGCCCCAGCGCGCCUCAGCCCUCGCCUUCCUCGGCCCGGCGGCCUGUUCUCUCCCUCGCUCCGCCAUGUCUGACACGCUCGCUGGCGACGGCCGUUCGGACGAGGCCGGCGAAGAGAAACAGGACACGCAAGAGAAGGAAGCGGUCAUCCCUGAGAGAGCAGAGGAGGCAAAACUAAAAGCCAAAUAUCCGAACUUGGGACUUCAGAAGCCUGGUGGCUCUGACUUCUUGAUGAAGCGACUUCAGAAAGGGCAAAAAUACUUUGACUCCGGCGACUACAACAUGGCCAAAGCUAAAAUCAAGAACAAACAGCUGCCAACUGCAGGAACAGAUAAGAACCUGGUGACGGGUGAUCAUAUCCCUACUCCGCAAGAUCUUCCACAGAGGAAAUCCUCCCUUGUCACCAGCAAGUUGGCAGGUUAACCUGCCUCCUGAGGGUUUUCCUUUUUCUUUUCUUUCCCCUUUCCUUCCCCUGUCCCCUCCUCCUCCUCCUUCUCCUUUUGUUUUGGGAUUCUGGUUUUGUUUUCCUGUUGUUUCUGUCACGCAGUUGAACUUUCCUAUGUCAUAGGGCUGGGACACACAGAACUCUCAUAGCCCCUGGAAAUAACGAUGGUAGUCAAAACCCGAGACGCAGAUUCGCAGUUUGGAUCAGAGUUUUCUUGCAGCCAGCAAGGUGUUACUCUUUGGAUCGUCCCAGGUCAAACCUGCUUUUCUCUAGCUUGCAGUUUCUCUGUUGUACAAAGAGAAGGAAAAACUUCAAAAAAUCUGCCUGGCUUGUUCUGUGUUGCAAACUUAUGAAAAGGAGAAGGAGGGGUCAGCCUGUGAGCAGCACCCAAGGGAGCCCAGAAACCAAAUCGCAUGAUUUAAGAAUUGGAACAAAGUUUGGGAUUUAUAAUAUCUCUGAGGGGGUGUGUGCAAAGGAAGCUCAGUGUUUUUAUCCCCUUGUUGGUGGUAAUGUGUGUGUGUGUGUGUUUUUAAGUGUGCCACUGCUGAGGAGAGAAAAGGGCUUCAAGGCUGGCCCAAGAAGGUGUGACAGCUUUGAGAAACCAGUUAGCAGUUUCUCAAGCCACGCUCCUCCUCUCUCUCAUCAGAAGAGAGCCCUACUGGUUUACCAGUUGGUGCUUGCUGCCCCACCGUGUCGGAUCCCAAACCACAGGAUUUCCGCAGCCCUGUGAAGCCGACUUGUUCAGAAGUGACCCUGGUGUCAGUUUUCUUCUUUAAAUGUCAGUUCUUCAUUGUUUACCUCACCCCCCCAACCCCCGGAGUUGUUUACAAGUAUACAGCAGAGGCACUCGGUAAUGAAAUGAAUGUGGUCAGAGAAGUGAUAAGGGAGUGGCAGCUGUGUAAGAGAUCUCACCCCAUGAGGCAUCGAGUAGGGUCUUGUCACUGAACCUUAUCUAUGGUCAAGCAUCUGAAAAAGGGUUCUGGUGUCAAGAGCAGAUUCUGUUUUAUCAAAAUUUUAAGAUGGCUCGCUUUGACGAUUCAUUUCGACUGUGACCAAGCAGCAACCCCCCCCCUCCCAGUUGUGCCCCGAUGCUUUCCAUUAGCUGUGUUUGGCCCUUUCAGGGUCUCAUUUCCAUACUUCCCCCAAAUCUUUUCCCGGUGUGAUUCACACAUGUGAAAAUACAUAAUCCAUUCUUUGCAUCUCCUGUGGUGCUUUCUUGGUUUUCAAAUGGGCAAAAGUUUGUUUAUUUAGCUAUGGUGGGUUGCCACCCAAAUCAUGUCCUUCAGAGUGAAGUCGGGCUGGCUGUCACAGAGCCUGAACCCAUUUCUCUUCCUUUUGGCACUUCCCAUGUUUUUCCCGGCAGGAGUUUAGCUGUUCUCAGUUCUUGUGGAUGAGGAAAAUUAUGCCUUUGGCUUAGGGUGUGGUAAAAAGGAGCAAGUUUUUAAGAUGUUUGGAAUGCUUUGCAUAGCGGUGGUUUCAGAAGAGCUGAGUUCCUGGUCGAAGAAUGCCCAAGAUAGGAAGAUAGUGGUGCACGAAACAUUUUUAAAGGGGGCAUCGGGUCCUACACACAUGCAGGUGUUCCUCCUAAGUUUCUUAUCUAAAAUCACUGGCCUACAAUAGCUGGCCAGACAGAAGGCCUAAUUUGACUCCCGUUGUUUAGUCAUAAAACUGAAGCACAGACAAAGAAACUAAUUCCAGAGUGUGGAGAACAAUCAGUGAUGAUUAGUCUCUUUGGGCUUGUGAAGAUUUCUGUAAAAGUUCUUCAGAUCAUUUCCUUAGGGGGGAAAAAGGCUCUUCUUACUUUCUGCCUUCUCAGAUUGGUCUUUAGUUAUAUGAGUCACCCUGAAGGAGCAUUGAUACCUUGACUAAAACAGUCCUGUCAACUCCUCUGUACUAUGAAGGUUUUCACUACAUGUGGCCCUGUUUCUUGCAAAUGUAACUUUGUGCCCCUGAGGACUAGAAACUUAACAAUUAUCAUUUCCAGGAAUGGAUUCCAGGACUAAGCUAAGCUUUGGCUUGAGAUCCAUUCAGCUCACCAUCUUAGAAACUUAUUUGUUGCUGCUUCCCAGCUCCACCUGCCAGUUAGCAGCGAAGGUUCAAGACCUUCCAUUAGGUGUUUUGGAUUAUGGUCUAGAGGGCAGGCUGACACCAUUGGCCUCUCUCCUGGGCAAAAAACAAGCCUGUUUGGCCCAAGAAUCUACCUUCAUUAUGCACAAUUAUUUUUCUGGCUGUUGGAUUAAACUUCAACAGUUCUAAGCCAAUCAGAUGGUUUGGGUUAGUGAUGGAGGGAAAGAGGCACCUUUGAAUUUUAUUAUCUUUUGUUUGGAGAUUUUCAGAUGAACAGCGCAACUGUUCGUUGGUAUUUUUGUGUGUGUCUUUUGUUUUCAAGGGGGAAUGCAAAAAAAAUCUCACUGGAAAAAACUAAAGAGUAAAAAAAAUGAAAAAGAGUGAUUCUGUCGCAAGCUGGCAGAAGACAGAGUGAGGUGAUGACUGUUAAAUAAGAUUGCAAAGGUGGAUGUGCUUUCCAAGGCCGUGUGUGCUCACAUACUCGUCCGUUCAUUCAUCGUGCCUCACUCCAUAUCUGUCUUCCUUCCAGGUUCCCUCCAAAAAACCUUGCCAGGGGUUCCUCCCUUAGAUAUGUACUAGUUUUCUCUUUUGUCAGGCUGCAGGCCAUGAGUCUUCCUGGUAGAAGCAAGGGAUAAAGGGCGGUGGAGCAGAGGUAAGGGGCUCCAAAAUGAGAUCCCGGAAAAUGUAGGGCAGGUGGAUUGAUCCAUAGAUCAAUAAACCAAUUCUGGCUGUUUCCCCCUCCGUCAGGAGGUUAAAAAAACAAACAGAAAGCUAAUAGGUCAUCAUUGCCCACUGAAGGGCAACCCAUUCUAAAAUGUCCUGCCUGACAGCAAGAGCAGCCUCUCUCUCCACUCCAUCAAAACCCUGUGCAGAGUGACUCUCCUUUCCCUCUGACAGGGAUGUGUAGCUAGUGCUGGAAUCAAGGCCAGGAAGACGCUACCCAAGUGUGAGAGUGGUGUGCUCGGAGCCUUGAGUAACUUACGGUGACUUUAUACACAAGCCACUCUGGCCAGUGUGGGGGUUUCCCAUGGGGUUGAAGGGCUGGUGGAGCCUCCAGGGCAGAACAUUUCAAGGCAACGGUGGCCGCUGCCCCUCUCGGGCUGAGAAGGCAGGUGACCAGUGUGGACGGGAAGCCAGCGCCAAGCGGAGUCGAGGGGAACCUGGUUCAGGUUUUGUUCCCCUCUUCCUUCUUUCCGUUGAUGCUGCUGUACAGCUCCUUAACAUUUACUGUCUUAACUGCAUUAAAGAAUAGUCUCGGUU